CAGAAGGCAGCAGUCGACUCAGCACACACAGGUGGAGGAUGGGAAUGGGUCAUGACCAGGAGGAGUUUUCUCUGAGUGGACUUGUACGACCUGCAUUGUUUUAGAGUCCUGCGCUUUGGAUUAUGCUCCUCAUCCUGAUCUGUGGCUCUCAGCGCUUCCACUGAGCUUGCAGAUUCAGUAUUCGUUUUGUUUUCUCUGCUGGUCAUUGCAUUCUUUGCUGAAUGCAAAUAUCGUCAUGUUUAUCAGAACAACUUUGCUCCUCUACUUUCUGGUCUCACUCUUACAGCUUGUUCGUUGCAUGGAAAGUGAACUUUGCUUCCCGGUUAGGUUGGAUAACGAUGACAGGAGGGAUUUUGACAACGACGUGGAAAUCCUUAGUGGAAAAUGUGUCAUUAAAAUACGAGCUUUCCAGCAGGAAUUAGUGAUCGAUUUGCAGCAAGACUCUAAUUUCAUUGCCCCUUCCAUUUCUAACCAAGACGCACUGUGGCUCCCCAACACCGAUGUCACCACUGCCCUGAGCCGGUGUUUUUACUCCGGAUAUGUGAACGGUGACCGGUAUUCUUACGCUGCUUUAAGCCUCUGCAAGGGUUUACAGGGUGCAUUCGGCUUCCAAGGCUGGGAAUAUUUUAUCAGCCCGGUACAAAAUGACACCAGAAGCGCAGAGAGCGCGCACAUCAUCCGGCGCAGACCCAGCAACAACCUGAAGCUCGAUUCAACCUCUAGGUGCGCAGUGGACAGCGACAUAAGCGUCCAGGUUGCGCAAUCGUUGGAGAAAUACAAGCAUCUGACCGAUUACAACAACGUGACCGAAACGAUGCUGAAGAGGAUGGGGAGAGCCAAAAGGUUUGCCUCGGUUCCCAGAUACGUGGAGGCGCUCGUAGUGGCGGACGAGUCCAUGGCGACGUUCCAUGGAGAUGACCUAAAACACUACCUCUUGACACUGAUGUCAGUGGCAGCGCGGCUCUACAAGCACCCGAGCAUCCUCAACUCCAUCAGUAUCACAGUUGUGAAGAUCGUGAUUAUAUCCGAGGAGGACAAAGGACCCAAGGUGUCCGGGAACGCAGCCAUGACGCUGCGAAACUUUUGCACUUGGCAAAAAAAGAUGAACAAAAACAACGACAAGCAUCCAGACUACUGGGACACGGCAAUUCUUUUCACUAGACAGGACCUGUGUGGAGCUUCCACCUGUGACACUCUUGGCAUGGCAGACGUUGGCACCAUGUGCGACCCCAAAAGGAGCUGCUCUGUGAUCGAAGACGACGGCCUGCCUUCAGCCUUCACCACUGCCCACGAGCUUGGACACGUGUUCAACAUGCCACACGACAACGUGAAGGCCUGCGAGGAUGUGUUUGGGAAACUGCAGGACAACCACAUGAUGUCUCCCACGCUUAUUCAGAUCAACCGCACCAGCCCCUGGUCUCCCUGCAGUGCCGCCAUCAUCACUGAGUUUCUGGACAGUGGACAUGGGGAAUGUUUACUCGACCAGCCUCAAAAACCUCUAGUCCUCCCUGAUGUGCUGCCGGGAGCGUCCUACAGCCUCGACCGUCAGUGUGAACUCGCCUUUGGGGAAGGCUCCAAGCCGUGUCCCUUCAUGCAACCGCCAUGCAGCCGCCUGUGGUGCACAGGAAAGUCCAGCGGUCAUUUGGUGUGUAUGACCCGGCACUUCCCCUGGGCAGAUGGCACCCACUGUGGGGACGGACAGGUCUGCGACCGAGGAGUCUGUUCUGACAAACAGGUCCAAAGUGAGAAGGUGGACGGCCGCUGGGGUAAGUGGGGUCUGUUCGGUUCCUGCUCUCGCACUUGUGGAGGCGGCGUCCAAUUAUCUAAAAGAGAGUGUAACAACCCAGUUCCGUCAAAUGGGGGUAAAUACUGCCAAGGGGUUCGGGUCAAAUACCGCUCCUGCAACCUGAACCGCUGCCCUGACACAGGCAAGACUCACCGUGAAGAGCAGUGUGAGAACAGCGGCCACACCUUCAACAGUAACCGGAUCGGCCACGCUGUGGUGUGGGUACCAAAAUACUCUGGAGUGGCCCCUGAAGACAGGUGUAAACUCAUCUGUAGGGCGAACGGCACCGGCUACUUCUACGUCCUGGCACCCAAGGUCGUUGACGGGACUCCAUGCUCGCCAGACUCCACAGGAGUGUGCGUCCAAGGGAAGUGCAUUAAGGCUGGCUGUGAUGGCAAAAUUGGCUCCACCAAGAAGUUUGAUAAAUGUGGAAUCUGUGGAGGUGACAACAAGGGCUGCAAGAAGGUGUCGGGACUCUUCACAAAGCCUGUGCAUGGCUACAACUUCGUUGUCAUGUUGCCAGUGGGUGCAGCCAACAUAGACAUCCGGCAGCGAGGCUACAAGGGACUGAGGAGUGAUGACAACUAUCUGGCGGUGAAGAACAGUGAGGGGUAUUACCUGCUCAAUGGGAACUACGUAGUGUCGGCUGGUGAGAGGGACAUUGCUGUAAAGAGCAGCCUGCUGCGCUACAGCGGCACAGCCGGCCUCUCAGAGACGCUGAUGGCCGUGAAGCCUUUGGGAGAAGCCCUGACUGUAGAGGUGCUGUGUGCAGGAAAGAUGACGCCUCCUCGCAUCCGUUACUCCUUCUACCUCGCCCGCCAGACCAAGGAGGACAAGGUUCUGAAGAAGGAGGGUCGUGUAGACUCCCACAACAGUGUCCUGGAUGAGGAGAGUGUCAAGGAGAAUGAAAGAGACAUCCUGAAGAGGACUUACAGCAAGGGGGACUCUGAUAUAGGGAAAUGGAUGUCCAACAACUGGGACACAUGCUCAGUGACCUGCGGCCGUGGCAUCCAGAGGAGAUUGGUGCAGUGUCUGAGACCGGACGGGAAGCCAGGGCUGGACUGUGAUUCUUCACAAAGACCUUCAGCCACCAGGGUGUGUGGAGACCCGUGUCCUGACUGGCACCUUGGGCUGUGGUCGCCCUGCUCCAGAACCUGUGGGAAGGGCUUCAAGAGACGACCGCUGCACUGCAAAACCCAAACAGGGCAUCUUCUUCCAAGGGAUCACUGCACUGGCCUCCGUAAACCACAGGAGCUGGACUUCUGUAACCUAAGGCCCUGCUAAUGACUUAAACCUAUAAACUACAAAUGUUUUUCAUGUUUUAAAAUGGACUGAAUUAAAUCCACCUGCACAUUUCACACAAUGUCUGUCAGAUGCAGAUUUUUCCAUCUGCAUCACUGGACUGUUAGAGGAUGACGGACACUCGCUUGGAAAAACAUCAAGAAUAUUGGAAGGAGAGUGAAAGCUGGAGGAUGAAUGCUGGAAGAUAUUUUUUCACUGCCAUUACUUUGACUUCAAAAGACAUUAUCCAGGUAUAAGUCUGAUGGCAAAAUAACAUAUUAGAAGGUCAAAUAAAAUGUAGUUGAAUCCCUUGUAGUGUCGGAAGAUACAGAAUGCCCAUUUGCAACCAAUCAAUCUAGUUUACCCUAUGAAUCUGGAACCAAUUUUAUGUCAUAAUAUUUUAACUGUGCAGGCUUUAAAGUUUUAGUUGAGCUUGCAAAUAGAUCUGUGAAGGUUGCCAGCAGCCCAAAAAUUUUUAUUUUUUUCAAAUAACAAAUGUACCAGGAUUGACAUGGAUAAAUAGAACUGGACGAAAAUGUAACAGUCAUGUGCUCCAAUAGUUCACACAAAGAGGUUUUGUGCUUUUUUGGCCAAUCUUUAAGAAUUUUUUACUCUUUCGAUAUCUUGAAAUGAAACAGAUCCCAUAAUUUGCAUGGUUGUGCAAGUUUCUGCUGCUGCAUUGUUUAGCUGAUCCAAUUAUGUGUUUAUUUUUUUAAUUUGCUGGUUAACAGCUGGAGUGCUUUCUGUUACAAUUACUAUGUCAUUUUUAACAUGUUUUAUGACAACAAGUAAGCAGCAUUUCUCCUUCAAAUCCAGGAAGAAUUUACCUGCGCUGUUGACUAUAUUUUAAGUCUGAUUUCACUCACAUGCAUGUGCACUGAUGCAAACUGGAAUCAAUUCCUGCCUCCUGUGUUCAGCAUCUUUGAUCGCUUCCUUCGUUUGACCUCAACAAUCGUCCUCACAGUUCAUUGUGUUCAGCCACUCAUGAAGCCUUUUAAAUAACGCCUGUCUGGCACAGCUACCCCCCCAGUAAUUUAUUAUCAAUGAAACGAUAAAGCAGAGAGGGAAUGCAUUUUCCUGGAUCUCCUCGUUCACGGCCCCCACAGCCUGAGCCAAGCUGCUCUCUCUACAGAGUCGACUAAAUCCUGUAAUCAAUUAUGUUCUUGUUUUAUUUUAAGGGGCCACACUGACCAGUGCAACAUCCAGCUAAAGGGGGAAUCCUGUAGUUGGAUUAUUAUUUUAGUUUCAUGUUUCUUUUUUGUUUUUGUUUUUUUUUUUAUCAGCUUUUGCACUUUGUACAGCAAAAGACACCAGUGACCUACGUGGGCUGUACUGUAUACUAUGUAUACAUUUACUCAGCUCUGUGCAAAAAAAAUAAAUAAAAAAAUGUAAAUACUUUUUAAACCUUUUUUUUUUUACACAGGCAUUUGUAAUUGUCUUUGACUUCUGUAUAUUUAUUCCAAAAUAAAGCCAUUACUUAACAGUUGUAA